UUAUUUUGGAGAAUGUUAGGAAUUGCAUUUAUCCAAAGUAAGUAAUUAAUGGAUUUACUCUAUUAUAAUUUAUCUUUUUUCUUAUCUAAUACAACAGUAGAGAUAAACGAAACAAAUAUUAAUUAAAUACGCAUAUCAGUCAUAGACUAGCAAUAUUAGAAGAAAUGUUUGUGCUCCUUUCUUCCCCCAAAAACACAUAUAUAGGAGUUAAUCGUAAGUGAAGUAAAAGAGAUUGAAGUGCGCUUUGUUUUGUAAAUUAAAGAUAAACGUGAAACUAUCCUGUUAAUUAUCUUAUCAUGCAGGAAGUUUCAAAACAACGAAACUGAAAUUAAUUAUCAAGGUUGCAGUUUGACCAGAAACUCCCUGAGGAACUGCUGAAUUAUUCGUUUGUACUCCGUUCAGUUGAAAAACAUAAGUGCAAUACGUAUUUUUAUAAUAGAAUAGUGCGCAAAGAUUUAUCAAGCACAUAAAGAUAAGAAUAAUGGUAUUAGUGACGCUGCAUGUUUACAAUUUUUGAUCUACCCAGGUGAAACUGAAUACUUUUACACCCUAUUGUUAAUAAUACCAAUAAGCAAUAAUAACCUUAGAAGAUACAUUGCUAUCGACACAGUUAGUUAUUUAUCAAUAUCUACAGAAGAAAAUGAACAAGUUACUAACCACGUUUUUAAUUUGUUUGUGUUUGUGUACCAUAAUAAAGGGGCAAGUUUGUGAAAAAGGAAGGCAAUCCUAUUUGUUUAAAACGUUCGUAAUGUCGUGUAAAAACAUUCGUGAUCAGUUUCCGAAUACGACAUCCGUUGCAUCGUCAAUUUCCUGUGAAAAUUGCGACAUACCAACAUUUACAGAAGAUGUAGUUGUAACUUUCAAUGGGGGUAUAUUCGACGUGAGUAAUAGCCACAUCAAGAACAUAACUGAAAACGCAUUCAAAAAUUUUGGAAAUGCCGUUCAAAAGUUGAUAUUUGCAAACAAUCAAAUUUCAUACAUAGCUCCACAUGUUUUUGAUAAGUUUAAUAAUUUGGAAGACUUGAAUUUACAUAAUAAUAGUUUAAGUAACGUUCUUCCAGGGGUGUUUGAAAAUUUAACGAUCGGCGUGUUUGAUUUGUCCAAUAAUAACAUAAGUGAUGUAACUAAUUUUAUUAGGAAAAUUAAAGUUCGAAAACUGGAUUUAUCCAACAAUAAAUUAACACAAAUUUCUAUUAAUAUGUUCAAUGAUACCUCUUUUUGGGUUGCAAGUCCAUAUAGAGCGAUAUUUCAUGAACUCAACAUAGGAAAUAAUCAGAUUGAAUCAAUUCAGCCUGGUAGCUUUAAAUUUGGUGAUGGUAAUUCUUUGAGGGUUUUGUAUUUACAAAACAAUAAAAUUACCGUCAUUUUAAAUAAUACAUUUUCCUUGCAAAAUGAACUGAAAAAUUUGAUACUUAACUCAAAUCAGAUCAAUUCAUUAGAAACAGACAGUUUCAAUAAUUUACCAAAAUUAAUAAUGUUGGAUUUGGCUAAGAACAAACUUGCUACUCUUCCUUUUGGCGUUUUUUCUAAGUUGGGGAAUUUAGAAACCCUGAAUCUAGAAUCUAACCAAUUAAGCAAGUUGGAUCCUUCUCUAUUUUCUGGACUAGUACGUUUGAAUAGACUCCAUCUUGCUCACAAUAAACUGACUCAAUUUAGUCCCACCACCAUCUUUCCUCUAGGGAAAUUAACGUAUUUAGAUGUAAGUGACAAUAGGCUGAGAGAACUCGAUUUAAAGGCUAUCUACUCACAUCAAACUCGUCUUAGCACACUAAUAAUAAACGAUAAUUUUUGGUCAUGUUCCAAAUUAGUUGCAAUGUAUAAAGUUAUGAACGCAAAGUGGGGUGGUUUUCAUGAUCCAGCUAAGCAUUUUGACGUUCCAAACUUGCACGGUAUUGCUUGCUCUCGUGUUGAAUUGGAUUAUGAUGAAAAUUUGACAUUUGCCGAGUUUAUGAACAUAAUUUCUCAGGAUCGCGUGUUUGAAGACAUUUAUGACUCGAGAAUUAAUGGCGAUGCUGAAACAACCCAAGUAUCUCUCGAUCAUCUUUACAUUCAAAUAACCGGAAUGUUUUGGAUGUUCCUUUCAAUCACUAUCAUGUGUACAGUAUUCUUUGUUCAUUUUGUUAUUGUAACUGUUAAAUCUAACAAAAUAAUUGCUAACAAGUUGAACUUUAGUUAUUCACGAGCUCAAGAUGAAAAUGUUCAACUCAUGUAAAUAGAGGAUAAUUUAAAUACUAAGCAUUUUGAACUAAUUUAGUUUUAUGUAAAUGUUAAAUAAUGGAAGCUGUAAUUUUUAAAAUAAAGUUUUUUUUUUUCGUA